GCUGCUAAGCGUACUGGCGAGGGAGGAAGAGCCCUGCUCUGGUUGUUUCCGUAUGUUGACACACUGACUACGGGGGAGGAAUGGUGUCGUUCAAUUGAAAUUAGCUAGCCAGCUAAACCUACCAUUAUUCCUAAAUAUCGGGCCAGCAGUAUGAACCUUUUACCGUCCAACCCUCACGGGAAUGGGCUCCUUUACGCCGGGUUUAACCAGGAUCACGGCUGCUUUGCAUGUGGAAUGGAAAAUGGAUUCAGAGUGUACAACACAGAUCCACUUAAAGAAAAAGAAAAGCAAGAGUUCCUUGAAGGUGGGGUGGGCCACGUGGAGAUGCUUUUCCGUUGUAACUACCUAGCACUUGUUGGCGGAGGAAAGAAGCCCAAGUACCCGCCAAACAAAGUGAUGAUCUGGGAUGAUCUGAAGAAGAAGACGGUGAUAGAGAUUGAAUUUUCCACAGAGGUCAAAGCAGUGAAGCUACGACGAGACAGAAUUGUGGUGGUUCUAGACUCCAUGAUCAAAGUGUUCACCUUUACUCACAACCCCCACCAGCUGCAUGUGUUUGAAACCUGCUACAACCCCAAAGGUCUCUGUGUCCUGUGUCCAAACAGCAACAACUCCCUGCUGGCCUUCCCUGGCACCCACUCAGGGCACGUGCAGAUAGUGGACCUGGCUAACACGGAGAAACCGCCGGUGGACAUCCCUGCCCACGAAGGGGCUCUGUGUUGCAUCGCUCUCAACCUUCAGGGCACGCGGAUAGCCACCGCAUCUGAAAAAGGGACUCUCAUUAGGAUAUUUGACACCUCAGCCGGCCACUUAAUCCAGGAACUGAGGCGGGGGUCACAAGCAGCCAACAUUUAUUGUAUUAAUUUCAACCAGGACGCAUCUCUCAUCUGUGUGUCCAGUGACCAUGGAACUGUACAUAUAUUUGCAGCUGAAGAUCCAAAAAGGAACAAACAAUCCAGCUUGGCUUCAGCAAGCUUCCUUCCCAAAUACUUCAGCUCCAAGUGGAGCUUCUCCAAGUUCCAGGUCCCAUCUGGGUCCCCCUGUGUCUGUGCCUUUGGAACGGAGCCCAAUGCAGUCAUAGCCAUAUGUGCUGAUGGCAGCUAUUACAAGUUCCUGUUCAACCAAAAAGGGGAAUGCUCAAGGGAUGUCUAUGCACAGUUUCUGGAAAUGACAGACGAGAAAAUCUAAGAGGCACCGAUGGGACUGGUGCGGAGCAAUGUGGGAGCAGCCUUUUCACACCUGCCUGCUGUGGGUGGACACCAAACAGUACAUCUCGGCUUAAUGAUUGUCUCAGGUGGGAGGGGUACCAUCACUGAGACCCGGUGGUGACACAGGACUAGAAGGAGAGGGAAGACCAAGUGGACUUGAGCCCCUGUGUCCAAAUGACUUUUGUUUCCUUUUCCCUGAGGGUUAACUAAAAAAGCAGGCCUGUCUAACUGGUCAGUGAAGGACGAUCUGAACGCAGAAAAAAAACUGAAUCGGGUUGGCUCCUACAACUAGAUGAGAAGAGGGAAGUUUAUUUUUGAAAAGACAAUUGUUGCUUUUUUAAAAUGGCUUUUUCGACAUGGGCAAGACUGCCUGUCCAUUUUGAGGCCCCUCUUAAGCGUGAAACACACUAAAGAAUGUCUUCUGUGGAAUUCACCAAGAUUUUUUUUAAGAAUAGAGUUGAUUUUGUUCGAUAGAUAGUACAGAUGCUCAUGUCAACUAACACCACAUGACCCAGUGUAUGGAGGGGGUCAUACAUACAUGUAUAAAAUAUCUAGUAGUGCUAGAUUUUGAUUUUUACAAUGUAAACACAAUAUGCCAGACUGAACCUAUAUAACUGUAUAGAUAUAUGUAUAGAAAAUGAAAAAAAAAAAACAUUGAUGGUGAAAAAUGUUUUUUUUUUUCCCAUUUCAUGCUACUCACCUGUAUUUAUAAUGCUGUUUUCCUUCACAUUUCACACUAAGAUGCCAGUACUUUUCUGAUUGGCAAGAACAUAGAACACUGGUCAAAGUGCUCGAAUUUGUGUUUUUUUGGCAUGUUUUUAGCAUCACAAACCAAUGAGGACAGCUUCUCAGAAAUGAAAAUAUGAAGAACACUGAUGUCGUUAUUGUUUUCAGCAGCUAUGUAAAUUACACAGUUAGACCAACAGGACUUAAUGCUUUGUUUGAUAUUCAUCUUUGAAAUUUGAAAAUACAGACAGAGGUGUUGCGUAUCUCUAUUGCAGCCCACCUCAUAAUUAACCUUGCCUAUAAAAACUGAAAAAUGACUUCUUUGCAAUCCAGUGGACUCCUUUUUGACAUACUUUGCUCUGAUUUUUUUUUUUUUUUGAAUUUACCCUCCCCAUUAUGAAUAGAGCACUUUGAACAAAGCUCAUUGUUCAACAAGGUUUACUGCAGUAAAGUGCUUAGUGGUCAGGCUCUUCUCCUAUGCUGUUCGU